UCCUAGGCAGCUUCUAGAAUGGCCUGUAAUGUGCUGUAAAUUUUCUAUGUUUCCACGUUUCUAUGAGACAGGCACAUAAGCAACAUUCUUAAUUAGUCAGGGCAUGAAACGAUAUGGGGAGAAGGCAGGAGAGUGGAGCUAACAGGGAACAUGGAUCAGCCAUGAUGGCAGGCAGACUCAAUGGGCCAAAUGGCCUAAUUCUGUUCCUAUAUCUUGUCUUAUGGUCUUAUUUUAAAAACAUUUUGGUAAAUACAUGGAUAGGAGAGGUCAAUGAGACAAUUAUGGACAGGUGAGACUAGCACCUUGAACAAUACAGUCAUCAUGACCAAUAGGCCUGCUGUCAUGUUGUAUGACUCUGACACUGGGAUGGGCUGUCUAGUGGCUAAAUAGACCACUAUAAAUUACCUUGCCUAAGGGUGUGCAAACAAAAUCAACGAGGAACUGAAGCAAUUUAGGGGGUAAAUGUAAUUGUGGGUUUAGAGGAAUAAAGAGAAUGAAUGGAACAGUUAGGGUUGCUAGCUUGGGCUGACAUGGACCCAAUGGGCAGAACGGUCAUCUUCUGUCUCUUCCAAAUAAGGUGGAACCUGGGGCUUGUUCAAAAUUUUGACCUCCAUCCACACUACAUUGAUUCAUUUUAAAGCUCCUUGACUAGAACUGUAAUUGCCAUGUUCGUGAAUAUUUAAAAUUCUCAAGCAAGGAAAGUGUCCCUCUUACCGCCCCCACACGCCAUUAGAGAGAGAGAGAAAAAAAUGGGCUGAGAUUCGGGUAGCUUCUCCUAAUGUAGCUGGUGUGCAUGUCACCGAGGAAGUGUCAGAUAAACACGCAGUGAAAUCUCCAAAAUCGUGAGAAUGCUGGUUGGUGGAAGGGCACGUUACUGUUUCUGGUUCUAUCGAAUGUGAAAGUGACAGAAAAGAACAGCGUUUAGGUCGACCGGUAAGACUGAUUUCUUUGUCCGGUUACUCACCUAACAACAUGUGCAAUUUCAGCAAAACGACGGAGUUUGAAACUGUGAAGACAUUCCAGUUCGUGGUGCAUAUCCCAACGUUCAUCUUGGGACUGGUUGUCAAUUCAGCAGCACUCGGGAUAAUAUGCUUCAGGUUGAAGAAUUGGACGGAGAAUGUGAUCUACAUGACAAACCUGAUAUUUUCUGAUAUCCUGUUGCUUUUCUCUCUGCCUUUCAAAAUGCACGCCUACCAGACGGGAGAGCGCUGGAGUCUCGGUUCAGUCUUCUGUCAGUUUGUGGAGUCCCUCUACUUCGUCAACACCUACGGGACCAUCCUAUUAAUCAUGCUGAUAUCUCUGGAUCGUUACAUUGCUAUCAGGCACCCCUUUAAGGCGAGGACCCUCAGAUCUCCAAAGAAAGCAACUAUUGCCUGCACUGUUCUGUGGCUCUGUGUCUGGUCUGCAAGUAUUCCAAAUUACUUGCCAAAAUUUUCACCGAAUGAUGGAAGGUGUUUCGUGGGUUUCUCCAAAUUUUGGAAAGAUCUCAAAAUUCCUCUGAGCAUGCUCGCUAUAUUUGUCAUUGCUGCAGCCGUUGUGAUUUUCUGCAGUGUUCAAAUUAUAAGAACAUUGGAAAGAGUAGAUGAAGUGAGAGACGACUUUGACACCAAGAUAUCAAGGAAAAUAAUCUCUUCCAAUCUGGUCACCUUCCUCUUCUGCUUUACUCCGUAUCAUUUAGCCUUGUUACUGUACUUAUUAGUACGAAAUUGUUACAUUGCAGAGGAUUACCAAGCAUCUUUGCGCGUAUUUCUCCAGAUCAGUCAGUGUUUGGCGGCAACAAACUGUUCCCUUGAUGCUAUGUAUUACUUUGUAAUACUCAAAGAGUUCUGGACGUCGAAAAAGAAGAGCCCGGAGGAAUCAUUGUCAACCAAUACUAGUUAACCCGCAAAAUUCAAUCUGUUGACUUUACCUUGGGUACAUAAAAAUAACUUAUUGAUAGCCUACUUACAUUGGUUACGUGAAAAAUAAAUCAUAGUGAACGAUGCUUAAUUUAUUUGAUUGAUUUUGAAGUAUACGGGGGAAGAGAAUAAUUAAUAUUAAUAAUAUUAGUCGAAAACCAGUUCGUUAGUUUUUAUGUUGUUACCUAAUGCACAUAAACUGGAUGAGUGGCCAAUGGAUUUACAGAAAUAAUUGAAAAUGAUUAGUUAUGCAUGGGGGUAAACCUUUUUGUUUGUCUUUAUUAUGUUUAAGUGAUUAUAAAAAUGAAUAUGUUGCUUUCUUUUAAGUGCAGUCAACGACUACCAAUCAUCUAAAAAGGUCUCAGAAAGCUGCUGGUAUAUUUAAUAUAAACUCAAAGGGGUUUGCAUGUAAACAUUUCAUGGGCCUCAAUUUAGCAAUAUUAACUUUAACAAAAACAGGCAAUCAGAACGACGCGAUAUUAGACAUUGCAAUUUAUUUCAAAGAAGCCCUAAACGUGAAGUUAGAGGAAUGCUCUUGGAUUUUCUUGUCAUCUGGAGGGACCUAACCAUACUAUUGUAUAAAUUGUGAACUUGUACCAAGUAGCUUCUUGUGAACCUAGAUAAUAAAUUGCCUUCAUAUGUACUAUUGAUCGUAUACUGCCUAAAUACCGCAUAAACAAGAGAAAAUUUGCAGAUGCUGGAAAUCUGAGCAACACACAACAAAAUGCUGGAGGGACUCAGCAGGCCAGGCAGCAUCUAUGGAAAAAAGUACAGUCGACCUUUCGGGCCGAGACCCUUCGACAGGACUGGAGAAACAAA